AUGGUCCAGGAGCGUGCCUGGUCCAGGAGCUUGCCUAGUCCAGGAGCUAUCCUGGACCUUGCCUUGGACGUGGUCGUGGACAUGGACGUGGUCGUGGUCGUGGACGUGGACAUGGACAUGGACGUGGACGUGGUCGUGGACGUGGACGUGGACGUGGACGUGGACGUGGUCGUGGACGUGGACGUGGACGUGGUCGUGGACGUGGACGUGGACGUGGACGUGGACGUGGUCGUGGACGUGGACGUGGACGUGGACGUGGACGUGGACGUGGACAUAGACGUGGACGUGGACGUGGACGUGGACGUGGACAUGGACGUGGACUUGGACAUGGACGUGGACGUGGACGUGGACAUGGACAUGGACGUGGACGUGGACGUGGACAUGGACGUGGACGUGGACGUGGACGUGGACAUGGACGUGGACGUGGACGUGGACGUGGACGUGGACGUGGAUGUGGACAUGGACAUGGACGUGGACGUGGACGUGGACAUGGACAUGGACGUAGAUGUGGACGUGGACGUGGACAUGGACAUGGACGUGGACGUGGACGUGGACAUGGACGUGGACAUGGACAUGGACGUGGACAUGGACGUGGACGUGGACGUGGACGUGGACGUGUACGUGGACAUGGACGUGGACGUGGACGUGGACGUGGUCGUGGACGUGGACGUGGACGUGGACGUGGACGUGGUCGUGGACGUGGACGUGGACAUGGACGUGGACGUGGACGUGGACGUGGACAUGGACGUGGACGUGGACGUGGACGUGGACGUGGACGUGGACGUGGAUGUGGACGUGGACGUGGACGUGGACGUGGACAUGGACGUAGACGUGGACGUGGACGUGGACAUGGACGUGGACGUGGACGUGGUCGUGGACGUGGACGUGGACGUGGACGUGGACGUGGACGUGGACGUGGACAUGGACGUGGACGUGGACGUGGACGUGGACGUGGAUAUGGACGUGGACGUGGACGUGGACGUGGACGUGGACGUGGAAAUGGACGUGGACGUGGACAUGGACGUGCACGUGGACGUUGACGUGGACAUGGUCGUGGACGUGGACCUGGACGUGGACGUGGACAUGGACGUGGACAUGGUCGUGGACGUGGACGUGGACGUGGACGUGGAUGUGGACAUGGACGUAGACGUGGACGUGGACGUGGACAUGGUCGUGGACGUGGACGUGGAAGUGGACGUGGUCGUGGUCAUGGUCGUGGACAUGGACGUGGACGUGGACGUGGACGUGGACGUCGACGUGGACGUGGUCGUGGACGUGCACGUGGACGUGGACGUGGACGUGGACAUGGACGUGGACAUGGAAGUGGACGUGGACGUGGACGUGGACAUGGACGUGGAUAUGGACAUGGACGUGGACGUCGACGUGGACGUGGUCGUGGACGUGGACGUGGACGUGGUCGUGGACGUGGACGUGGACGUGGACAUGGACGUGGACGUGGACGUGGACGUGGACGUGGGCCUGGACGUGGACGUGGACGUGGACGUGGACGUGGACAUGGACGUGGACAUGGAAGUGGACGUGGACGUGGACGUGGACGUGGACGUGGACAUGGACGUGGACGUGGACGUGGAUAUGGACGUGGCCAUGGACAUGGACGUGGACGUGGACGUGGACGUAGACGUGGACGUGGACGUGGUCGUGGACGUGGACGUGGAUGUGGACCUGGACGUGGACGUGGACGUGGACGUGGACAUGGACGUUGACGUGGACGUGGACGUGGACGUGGACGUGGAAAUGGACGUGGACGUGGACAUGGAUGUGGACGUGGACGUUGACGUGGACAUGGUCGUGGACGUGGUCGUGGACGUGGACGUGGACAUGGACGUGGACAUGGUCGUGGACGUGGACGUGGACGUGGACGUGGACGUGGAGGUGGACAUGGACGUGGACGUGGACGUGGACGUGGACGUGGACAUGGUCGUGGACGUGGACGUGGAAGUGGACGUGGUCGUGGUUGUGGUCGUAGACAUGGACGUGGAUGUGGACAUGGACGUGGACGUGGACGUGGACGUCGACGUGGACGUGGUCGUGGACGUGGACGUGGACGUAGAUGUGGACGUGGACGUGGACGUGGACGUGGACGUGGUCGUGGACGUGGACGUGGACGUGGACGUGGACGUGGACGUGGACAUAGACGUGGACGUGGACGUGGACGUGGACGUGGUCGUGGACGUGGACGUGGUCAUGGACGUGGACGUGGACGUGGUCGUGGACGUGGACGUGGUCGUGGACGUGGACGUGGACGUGGACGUGGACGUGGACGUGGACAUAGACGUGGACGUGGACGUGGACGUGGACAUGGACGUGGACGUGGACAUGGACGUGGACGUGGACAUGGACGUGGACGUGGACGUGGACGUGGACAUGGACGUGGACGUGGACGUGGACGUGGACGUGGACGUGGACGUGGACAUGGACGUGGACGUGGAGGUGGACGUGGACGAGGACGUGGACGUGGACGUGGACGUGGACGUGGACGUGGACAUGGACCUGGACGUGGACGUGGACAUGGACGUGGAUGUGGACGUGGACGUGGACGUGGACAUGGACGUGGAUGUGGACGUGGACGUGGACGUGGACAUGGACAUGGACGUGGACGUGGACGUGGACGUGGACGUGGUCGUGGACGUGGACGUGGACGUGGACAUGGACGUGGACGUGGACGUGGACGUGGACGUGGACGUGGACGUGGACGUGGACGUGGACAUGGACGUGGACGUGGACGUGGACGUGGACGUGGACAUGGACGUGGACGUGGACGUGGACGUGGACGUGGACGUGGACGUCGACGUGGUCGUGGACGUGGACGUGGACGUGGACAUAGAGGUGGACAUGGAAGUGGACAUGGACGUGGACGUAGACAUGGACGUGGACAUGGACAUGGACGUGGACGUCGACGUGGACGUGGACAUGGACGUGGACGUGGACGUGGACGUGGACGUGGACGUGGACGUCGACAUGGACAUGGACAUGGACGUGGACGUGGACGUGGACAUGGACGUGGACGUGGACAGGGACGUGGACUUGGACGUGGACGUCGACAUGGACGUGGACGUGGACAUGGACGUGGACGUGGACGUGGACGUCGACAUGGACAUGGACGUGGACGUGGACGUGGACAGGGACGUGGUCGUGGACGUGGACGUCGACAUGGACGUGGACGUGGACAUGGACGUGGACGUGGACGUGGACGUGGACAUGGACAUGGACGUGGACGUGGUCGUGGACGUGGACGUGGUCGUGGACGUGGACGUGGACAUGGACGUGGACGUGGAUGUGGACAUGGACGUGGACAUGGACGUGGACGUGGACAUGGACGUGGACGUGGAUGUGGACGUUGACGUGGACGUGGACGUGGACCUGGACGUGGACAUGGACGUGGACGUGGACGUGGACGUGGACGUCGACGUGGACGUCGACGUGGACGUGGAUGUGGACGUGGAUGUGGACGUGGACGUGGACGUGGAUGUGGACGUGGACAUGGACGUGGACGUGGACGUGGACGUGGACGUGGACAUGGACGUGGACGUGGACGUGGACGUGGACAUGGUCGUGGACGUGGACGUGGAAGUCGACGUGGACGUGGUCGUGGACGUGGACGUGAACGUGGACGUGGACGUGGAAGUCGACGUGGACGUGGUCGUGGACGUGGACGUGAACGUGGACGUAGACGUGGACGUGGACGUGGACGUGGACGUGGACGUGGACAUGGACGUGGACAUGGAAGUGGACAUGGACGUGGACGUAGACAUGGACGUGGACAUGGACAUGGACGUGGACGUGGACGUGGUCGUGGACGUGGACGUGGACGUGGACAUGGACAUGGACGUGGACAUAGACGUGGACGUGGACAUAGACAUGGACGUGGACGUGGACGUGGACGUGGACGUCGUCGUGGACGUGGACGUGGACAUGGACGUGGUCGUGGACGUGGACGUGGUCGUGGACGUGGACGUGGACGUGGACGUGGACGUGGACAUGGACAUGGAUGUGGACAUGGACGUGGACGUGGACGUGGACGUGGACAUGGACAUGGACGUGGAAGUGGACGUGGACGUGGACGUGGACAUGGACGUGGACGUGGACGUGGACGUGGACAUGGACGUGGACGUGGACGUGGACAUGGACGUGGACAUGGACAUGGACGUGGACGUGGACGUGGACGUGGACGUGGUCGUGGACGUGGACGUGGACGUGGACGUGGACCUGGACGUGGACGUGGACCUGGACGUGGACGUGGACGUGGACGUGGACGUGGACGUGGACGUGGACGUGGACGUGGACGUGGACGCGGACGCGGACGUGGACGUGGACGUGGACGUGGACGUGGACGUGGACGUGGACGUGGACGCGGACGUGGACGUGAACGUGGACGCGGACGUGGACGCGGACGUGGACGUGGACGUGGACGUGGACGUGGACGUGGACGUGGACGUGGUCGUGGACGUGGUCGUGGUCGAGGACGUGGACGUGGACGUGGACGUGGACGUGGAUGUGGACGUGGACGUGGACGUGGACGUGGUCGUGGACGUGGACGUGGACGUGGUCGUGGACGUGGACGUGGACGUGGACGUGGACGUGGACGUGGACGUGGACCUGGACGUGGACGUGGACGUCGACGUGGACGUGGACGUGGACGUGGACGUGGACGUCGACGUCGACGUGGACAUGGACGUGGACGUGGACGUGGACAUGGACGUGGACGUGGACGUGGACGUGGACGUGGACGUCGACAUGGACAUGGACGUGGACGUGGACGUGGACAGGGACGUGGUCGUGGACGUGGACGUCGACAUGGACGUGGACGUGGACAUGGACGUGGACGUGGACGUGGACGUGGACGUGGACAUGGACAUGGACGUGGACGUGGUCGUGGACGUGGACGUGGUCGUGGACGUGGACGUGGACAUGGACGUGGACAUGGACGUCGACGUGGACGUCGACGUGGACAUGGACGUGGACGUGGAUGUGGAUGUUGACGUGGACGUGGACGUGGACCUGGACGUGGACAUGGACGUGGACGUGGACGUGGACGUGGACAUCGACGUGGACGUCGACGUGGACGUGGAUGUGGACGUGGAUGUGGACGUGGACGUGGACGUGGAUGUGGACGUGGACAUGGACGUGGACGUGGACGUGGACGUGGACAUGGACAUGGACGUGGACGUGGACGUGGACGUGGACAUGGUCGAGGACGUGGACGUGGAAGUCGACGUGGACGUGGUCGUGGACGUGGACGUGAACGUGGACGUGGACGUGGAAGUCGACGUGGACGUGGUCGUGGACGUGGACGUGAACGUGGACGUAGACGUGGACGUGGACGUGGACGUGGACGUGGACAUGGACGUGGACAUGGAAGUGGACAUGGACGUGGACGUAGACAUGGACGUGGACAUGGACAUGGACGUGGACGUGGACGUGGUCGUGGACGUGGACGUGGACGUGGACAUGGACAUGGACGUGGACAUAGACGUGGACGUGGACAUAGACAUGGACGUGGACGUGGACGUGGACGUGGACGUGGUCGUGGACGUGGACGUGGACGUGGACGUGGUCGUGGACGUGGACGUCGACGUGGACGUGGUCGUGGACGUGGACGUGGACGUGGACGUGGACAUGGACAUGGACGUGGACAUGGACGUAGACGUGGACGUGGACGUGGACAUGGACAUGGACGUGGAAGUGGACGUGGACGUGGACGUGGACAUGGACGUGGACAUGGACAUGGACAUGGACGUGGAAGUGGACGUGGACGUGGACGUGGACAUGGACGUGGACGUGGACGUGGACGUGGACGUGGACAUGGACAUGGACGUGGACGUGGUCGUGGACGUGGACGUGGUCGUGGACGUGGACGUGGACAUUGACGUGGACAUGGACGUCGAUGUGGACGUCGACGUGGACAUGGACGUGGACGUGGAUAUGGACGUUGACGUGGACGUGGACGUGGACCUGGACGUGGACAUGGACGUGGACGUGGACGUGGACGUGGUCGUCGACGUGGACGUCGACGUGGACGUGGAUGUGGACGUGGAUGUGGACGUGGACGUGGACGUGGAUGUGGACGUGGACAUGGACGUGGACGUGGACGUGGACGUGGACAUGGACGUGGACGUGGACGUGGACGUGGACAUGGUCGUGGACGUGGACGUGGAAGUCGACGUGGACGUGGUCGUGGACGUGGACGUGAACGUGGACGUGGACGUGGAAGUCGACGUGGACGUGGUCGUGGACGUGGACGUGAACGUGGACGUAGACGUGGACGUGGACGUGGACGUGGACGUGGACAUGGACGUGGACAUGGAAGUGGACAUGGACGUGGACGUAGACAUGGACGUGGACAUGGACAUGGACGUGGACGUGGACGUGGUCGUGGACGUGGACGUGGACGUGGACAUGGACAUGGACGUGGACAUAGACGUGGACGUGGACAUAGACAUGGACGUGGACGUGGACGUGGACGUGGACGUGGUCGUGGACGUGGACGUGGACGUGGACGUGGUCGUGGACGUGGACGUCGACGUGGACGUGGUCGUGGACGUGGACGUGGACGUGGACGUGGACGUGGACAUGGACAUGGACGUGGACCUGGACGUAGACGUGGACGUGGACGUGGACAUGGACAUGGACGUGGAAGUGGACGUGGACGUGGACGUGGACGUGGACGUGGACGUGGACAUGGACAUGGACGUGGAAGUGGACGUGGACGUGGACGUGGACGUGGACGUGGACAUGGACAUGGACGUGGACAUGGACGUAGACGUGGACGUGGACGUGGACAUGGACAUGGACGUGGAAGUGGAUGUGGACGUGGACGUGGACAUGGACGUGGACGUGGACAUGGACGUGGACAUGGACAUGGACAUGGACGUGGACGUGGACGUGGACGUGGACGUGGACGUGGACGUGGACGUGGACGUGGACGUGGACGUGGUCGUGGACGUGGACGUGGACGUGGACGUGGACGUGGACGUGGUCGUGGACGUGGACGUGGACGUGGACGUGGACGUGGACGUGGACGUGGUCGUGGACGUGGUCGUGGUCGUGGACGUGGACGUGGACGUGGACGUGGACGUGGUCGUGGACGUGGACGUGGACGUGGUCGUGGACGUGGACGUGGACGUGGACGUGGACGUGGACGUGGACGUGGACAUGGACGUGGACGUGGACGUGGACGUGGACGUGGACGUGGACGUGGACGUGGACGUGGACGUGGACGUGGACGUGGACGUGGACGUGGACGUGGACAUGGACAUGGACGUGGACGUGGACAUGGACGUGGACGUGGAGGUGGACGUGGACGUGGACGUGGACGUGGACGUGGACAUGGACGUGGACGUGGACGUGGACGUGGACGUGGACAUGGACGUGGACAUGGACGUGGACGCGGUCGUGGAGGUGGACGUGGAGGUGGACGUGGACGUGGACGUGGACAUGGACGUGGACAUGGAAGUGGACGUGGACGUGGACGUGGACAUGGACGUGGACGUGGACGUGGACGUGGACGUGGACGUGGUCAUGGACGUGGACGUGGACGUGGACGUGGACGUGGACGUGGACGUGGACGUGGACGUGGACCUGGACGUGGACGUUAACGUGGACGUGGACGUGGACGUGGACAUGGACGUGGACGUGGACAUGGACGUGGACGUGGACGUGGACGUGGACGUGGACGUGGAAGUGGACGUGGACAUGGACGUGGACGUGGACGUGGUCGUCGACGUGGACGUGGACGUGGACGUGGACGUGGACAUGGACGUGGACGUGGUCGUCGACGUGGACGUGGACAUGGACAUGGACAUGGAAGUGGACGUGGACGUGGACAUGGACGUGGACAUGGACGUGGACGUGGACGUGGACGUGGACGUGGACAUGGACGUGGACGUGGACGUGGACAUGGACGUGGACGUGGAUAUGGACGUGGACGUGGACAUGGACGUGGACGUGGACGUGGACGUGGACGUGGACGUGGACGUGGACAUGGACGUGGACAUGGACGUGGACGUGGACGUGGACGUGGUCGUGGACGUGGACGUGGACGUGGACGUGGACGUGGACGUGGACAUGGACAUGGACGUGGACGUGGACGUGGACGUGGACGUGGACGUGGAUUUGGACAUGGACGUGGACGUGGACGUGGACGUGGAUGUGGACGUGGACAUGGUCACGUCGACGUGGACGUGGUCGUGGACGUGGACGUGGACGUGGACAGACGUGGACGUGGACGUGGACGUGGACAUGGACGUGGACAUGGAAGUGGACGUGGACGUGGAUGUGGACGUGGACCUGGACGUGGACGUGGACGUGGACGUGGACAUGGACGUGGACAUGGACAUGGACGUGGACGUGGACGUGGACGUGGACGUGGACGUGGACGUGGACGUGGACGUGGACGUGGACAUGGACGUGGACGUGGACGUGGACGUGGACGUGGUCGUGGACGUGGACGUGGACGUGGACGUUGACGUGGACAUGGUCGUGGAAGUGGACGUGGACGUGGACGUGGACAUGGUCGUGGACAUGGACGUGGACGUGGACGUGGACGUGGACGUGGACGUGGACAUGGACGUGGACGUGGAAGUGGACGUGGACGUGGACGUGGACAUGGACGUGGACGUGGACGUGGACGUGGACGUGGACGUGGACGUGGACGUGGACGUCGACAUGGACGUGGACGUGGAGGUGGACGUGGACGUGGACAUGGACGUGGACGUGGACAUGGACGUGGACGUGGACAGGGACGUGGACGUGGACGUGGACAUGGACGUGGACAUGGACGUGGACGUGGACGUGGACGUGGACGUGGACGUGGACGUGGACAUGGACGUGGACGUGGACGUGGACGUGGACGUGGACGUGGUCGUGGACGUGGACGUGGACGUGGACGUGGACGUGGAUAUGGACGUGGAUAUGGACGUGGACGUGGACGUGGACGUGGACGUGGACGUGGACGUGGACGUGGACGUGGACGUGGACGUGGACGUAGACGUGGACGUGGACCUGGACGUGGACAUGGACGUGGACGUGGACGUGGACGUGGACGUGGACGUGGACGUGGUCGUGGACGUGGACGUGGACGUGGACGUGGACGUGGUCGUGGACGUGGACGUGGACGUGGUCGUGGACGUGGACGUGGACGUGGACGUGGACGUGGACGUGGACGUGGACGUAGAUGUGGACGUGGACGUGGACGUGGACGUGGACCUGGACGUGGACGUGGACAUGGACGUGGACGUGGACGUGGACGUGGACGUGGACGUGGACGUGGUCGUGGACGUGGAAGUGGACGUGGACGUGGACGUGGUCGUGGACGUGGACGUGGACGUGGUCGUGGACGUGGACGUGGACGUGGACGUGGAUGUGGACGUGGACGUGGACGUGGACGUGGACGUGGACGUGGACGUGGUCGUGGACGUGGACGUGGACGUGGACGUGGACGUGGACGUGGACGUGGACGUGGACGUGGACGUGGACGUGGACAUGGACGUGGACGUGGUCGUGGACGUGGACGUGGACGUGGACGUGGACAUGGACGUGGACGUGGACGUGGACGUGGACAUGGACGUGGACGUGGACGUGGACGUGGACGUGGACGUGGACGUGGACGUGGACGUGGACAUGGACAUGGACGUGGACGUGGACGUGGACGUGGACGUGGACGUGGACGUGGACAUGGACGUGGACGUGGACGUGGACGUGGACGUGUACGUGGACGUGGACGUGGACGUGGACGUGGACGUGAACAUGGACGUGGACGUGGAUGUGGACAUCGACGUGGACAUGGCCGUGGACGUGGACGUAGACGUGGACGUGGAGGGGGACGUGGACGUGGAAAUGGACGUGGACGUGGACAUGGACGUAGACGUGGACGUGGACGUGGACGUGGACGUGGACGUGGACGUGAACAUGGACGUGGACGUGGAUGUGGACAUCGACGUGGACAUGGCCGUGGACGUGGACGUAGACGUGGACGUGGAGGGGGACGUGGACGUGGAAAUGGACGUGGACGUGGACAUGGACGUAGACGUGGACGUGGACGUGGACGUGGAGGUGGACAUGGUCGUGGACGUGGACGUGGAAGUGGACGUGGUCGAGGUCGUGGUCGUGGACCUGGACGUGGACGUGGACGUGAACGUGGACGUGGACGUGGACGUCGACGUGGACGUGGUCACAUGGUCGUGGACGUGGACGUGGAGGUGGACGUGGACGUGGACAUGGACGUGGACGUGGACGUGGACAGGGACGUGGACGUGGACGUUGGACGUGGACGUGGACGUGGACGUGGACGUGGUCGUGGACGUGGACGUGGACGUGGACGUGGACGUGGACCUGGACGUGGACGUGGACGUGGACGUGGACGUGGACGUGGACGUGGACGUGGACUUGGACGUGGACGUGGACGUGGACGUGGACGUGGAAGUGGACGUGGACGUGGACGUGGAAGUGGACGUGGACGUGGACGUGGACGUGGAUGUGGACGUGGACGUGGACGUGGACGUGGACGUGGACGUGGACGUCGACAUGGACGUGGACGUGGACGUGGACAUGGACGUGGACGUGGACGUGGACGUGGACGUGGACGUGGACAUGGACAUGGACGUGGACGUGGACAUAGACGUGGACGUGGACGUGGACGUAGACGUGGACGUGGACGUGGACAUGGACGUGGACGUCGAAGUGGACGUGGACGUGGACGUGGACGUGGACGUGGACGUGGACGUGGACGUGGACGUGGACAUGGACGUGGACGUGGACGUGGACGUGGACAUGGACGUGGACGUGGACGUGGACGUAGACGUGGACGUGGACAUGGACGUGGACGUGGACGUGGACGUGGACGUCGAAGUGGACGUGGACGUGGACAUGGACGUGGACGUGGACGUGGAUGUGGACGUGGACUUGGACGUGGACGUGGACGUGGAGGUGGACGUGGACGUGGACAUGGACGUGGACAUGGACGUGGACGUGGACGUGGAUGUGGACGUGGACAUGGACAUGGACGUGGACGUGAACGUGGACGUGGACGUGGACAUGAACGUGGACAUGGACGUGGACAUGGACGUGGACGUGGACGUGGACGUGGUCGUAGAUGAGGCCGCGGACGUGGACAUCUACGCUGAUGUGGACGUGGACGUGGACGUGGACAUGGACGUGGACGUGGACGUGGACGUGGACGUGGACAUGGACGUGGACGUGGACCUGGACGUGGACGUGGACGUGGACCUGGACGUGGUCGUGGACGUGGACGUGGACGUGGACGUGGACCUGGACGUGGACGUGGACAUGGACGUCGACGUGGACGUCGACGUGGACAUGGACGUCGACGUGGACGUGGACGUAGACGUGGACAUGGACGUGGACGUGGACAUGGACGUGGACGUGGUCGUGGACGUGGACGUGGACAUCGACGUGGACGUGGACGUGGACGUGGACGUGGACGUGGACAUGGUCGUGGACUUGGACGUGGAGGUGGACGUGGACGUGGACAUGGACGUGGAUGUGGACAUGGAUGUGGACGUGGACAGGGACGUGGACGUGGACGUUGACGUGGACAUGGACGUGGACGUGGACAUGGACGUGGACGUGGACGUGGACAUGGACGUGGACAUGGACAUGGACGUGGACAUGGACAUGGACGUGGACAUGGACACGUAG